GAUGAAGAGCUUAUAAACCUUAAAUUCUUCUGCAAACUCCUUAAGCCGUUCAAAAAGGCCACGUUAGUUCUUUCUAAAGAAGAAUCAAACUCAAUCUCUGAUGCAAUAGUGGUUAUACUAGAAAUUGGUCAGCACAUCAGAAAAGCUACAAUGAUCCAUCAAAUGAAAAAAAAAUUUGAUAAAUAUUGGAAUAUUAUCAUUGACCAUAUCAUAAUUGCGCAUGUACUUGACCCGAGAUAUAAGUUGGAGCACUUAAAGGCGACCUUAAUUGAAGUUAGUAGAUAUAGUGAAAAUGAAGCAGAGCUGUUUGUUAAUGAUAUUUGGCAAAAAAUUAUUUACUAUGAAAUGAAAUAUACAAGUGCAGAAUCUUUACCUGCUAAGACUAUUGAAGCU